AUGGCAGCAAUGGAUGAUAUUGAUAUUAAUGUAAUACCUCAAGAGAUUUCAUUUGAUCGGAGCAGUUGGAGUGAUGAUAUUGACUGGGGUGAAUUAGAUAAAUUGUUGGAGGCCAAUAAUAAUAAUAAGAUGAUGAAUGAAAGUAUUGAUGAGUACUACAACAACCUCAAUGUUGGGCCGGCCCAACUAUCAAGCCCAUUGCAAUUAGACUUGGGAGAAAUAUGCAGCAAGGCUCACGAUCGGCUAAGGGAAGAGGAACAAGUUGAGAUGCAGAGUUCGAAGGAGCCGAGUCCUGAGAAUGCAAUGUCCGACUCAAGCGGAGGCAAGGAGGCGAGUAUGAAGAACGAAGAACUCGCAGCGAUGAUCCAAGCCUUGGAAGCAAGCUUCCAGAAGCAUACCGAACAGCAGUUCAGCCGUAUUUCUGAGAAAUUGGAGGAGCAGGUGGCUCGUUUGGAUGGUCGGGUGGACCAAUUGCAAUCGCCGAUGGCCAAACCACAAGCUGAUAAUGGGAGUUCGAGUAACAACGGGGAGCCUAUUCAUGGGUAUCGCUCUGCGUUCAACAGUGAAGCUAGAGAUGCGAACUUAAUUUUGAAGACCAUGAGGGUGAAAGUUCUGAGGUUCGACGGUAAUGGUGUGGAGGAUUGGGUAUACAAGAUGAACAAAUUUUUUGAGCUGCAUAAUGUCUCAUCUGAAAUGAGACUUGCCACAGUAGCAUUUCACUUAGAGGGAGCUCCCUCAACAUGGUAUCAAUGGAUGGAGAAGGGGGGCGGUUUCCCAGAUUGGGAAACAUUCUUACGAGCAUUACGAUCUCGAUUCGGCACUUCAAUCUAUGAGGAUCCUCUCGGCAAGAUAGCGAAAUUGGUACAGACGGGAAUUGUGGCAAACUUUCGCGAAGAAUUUGAACAACUAAUGACCAAAAUUUCCGGAGUGCCAGAGCAAUACUUCUUGAAUUACUUUGUUUGGGGAUUAAAGACGGAGAUCCGAAGAGAAUUAUUACUAGCCAAGCCUACUGACUUAGCCGAUGCCAUGACCAAAGCCCAGUUGUAUGAGGAUCGUCAAGAAGAUAUUAUCAAUCGGACCCGUAGUGAUGGAUUCAAGUCCACUUGGACACCCAGAUCAUUUCCAUCGAGUACUCCUUUUCCAGGAACAGCUUCAGCACAUCUACCAUCCAAAUUUAUUAUACAGAACCCCAAUCUACCAGUGAAAUCACCCACCCCCUCCUUACCAGUAAAAAAAUUGACACCAGCGGAGAUCAAGGAAAAACGAGACAAGGGCCUCUGUUUCACCUGUGAUGAGAAAUACCACGUGGGACACAAAUGCAAGAAUCGUGUCUUGAUUUUGUGCGCACAAGAUGAAGAAGGCAUAGAAGGUUUGAGUGCGGAAGAAACUGAUUCAGAUGGAUCUGAGGGCGUGGCGGAGGAGGUGAGCUUGAAUGCGUUAUCGAAUGCCAGUAAUCCACGCAUUUUCCGCAUCAUCGCCAAGCACAGAGCAGAAGAUUUGGAAGUCUUAAUAGACAUGGGCAGCAACAAUAAUUUUAUUCAGGAGGCAUUGGCAACUCGCUUGGCUCUACCUCGUUCGGAAACGAAGAAAUUCAAAGUUUAUAUGGGAAACGGUAAUUCACUAUGGUGUUCCCAAAUCUAUAUGGGUGUUGAGUUAUCACUACAGGGACACAAAUUCAAGGUGGAUCUGUUUGUUCUACCAAUUUGGGGAUUAGAUGUUGUAUUGGGAAUGCAGUGGCUGCAAACGCUGGGGCCGUGCCUUCAUGACCAUAAGGCAUUGACCAUGGAAUUUCAGUGGGAAGGGAAGACUGUGAAACUGGAAGGAACUUCAAGUUCAGCGACUCAACAAUUGUCCUUCUCCCAAUUGCACACUAUGAUGAGGGACAGGGAAGUACGUGAUAUUUUUAUGCUGACCACGAUUUCGCACCAGGAGGUUACUAAGGAUUUAUCCCUUCAACAGAUUGACAAUAAGCUGCCUCAAGAAGCUCACGACAUUUUGACAGAAUUUCAAGACAUUUUUUCCGAGCCUAAAUCGUUACCACCAUAUAGGAGUUCCGGCCAUAGAAUUUUCUUACAGCCGCACUCUCAGCCCGUAAAUGUCAGACCUUACCGCUACCCAUAUUUCCAAAAAGACAUCAUUGAACGACUAGUGCGCGAGAUGGAAGACUGUGGGUUCGUGAGACCAAGCACUAGUCCGUUCUCAUCUCCGGUACUCUUUGUCAAAAAGAAAGACGGGUCUUGGCGCUUUUGUGUGGAUUACCGAGCCCUCAACAACAUAACUAUCAAGGAUCGUUUUCCCAUUCCAACAAUUGAUGAGCUACUAGAUGAAUUGGGAGGUGCAACAAUAUUUUCAAAGCUGGAUCUUCGGGCUGGAUACCAUCAAAUACGGAUGGACCCAAAAGACGUUCACAAAACGGCUUUCCGAACUCAUGAGGGUCACUACGAGUUUUUGGUCAUGCCGUUUGGGCUCACUAACGCACCAUCAACAUUUCAAGCAACCAUGAAUCGGGUAUUUCAACCUUUACAACGCCAUUGUGUUAUUGUUUUCUUUGAUGACUUUCUUGUUUACAGCAAAUCAACGAUGGAACAUAUUGCUCAUCUAUGUUCGGUGUUCCAACUUUUGAGAGAUCAUCGGUUUUUUGCCAAACUCAGCAAGUGUACUUUCUUCCAAUCCACAAUUGAGUACUUGGGUCAUUUGGUGGCGGCAGAUGGUGUUCGAGCGGAUCCAUCAAAAAUCACAGCGAUGCUUGAUUGGCCUCAACCUUCCACACUCAAACAACUUCGCGGCUUUCUUGGCUUAACAGGAUAUUAUCGAAGAUUUGUAGCUCAUUAUGCCUCAAUUGCAGCGCCUCUUACUGAGCUGCUCAAGAAAGAAAAUUUCAUAUGGACAGAGGCAGCUUGUGCAGCCUUCCGGCAACUGAAACAAGUGAUGACAGUUACACCAGUUCUGGCCCUUCCAGAUUUCUCCAAGUUGUUUGUAAUUGAAGCCGAUGCGUCCAAUGUGGCCUAUUUGCGGGAAUUGCGAGCUAUCGUGGAGGCAGCUACUAAGUGGCGCCAAUACCUUUUGGGUCGCCAAUUUCUCAUCCGAACAGACCACAAAAGCUUGAAAGAACUACUUACCCAAGUUAUACAGACACCAGAGCAGCAACAAUUCCUCCAAAAAUUAAUUGGGUUCCACUUUACCAUCGAAUAUAAACCGGGAAAGACUAAUGCAGCAGUAGAUGCCUUGUCUCGUCAACAUGAAGUUCCAAAUUCACUGCUGGCAGCAGCUCAAUCAACAGCCAGUUUUGAAUUUUUGGAAGAACUCCGUCAAGAGAAUACAACCUGCCCAGAACUCCGUCACAUACAUGAGCAGCUAGCUUCGGGUAUUUUGACAGAUUCUCUAUAUUCGGUUCGUGAUGGGCUCUUGUACCACAAACACCACCUUCGACUAAGUUCCCAUUCUAAUCUGAAGCAGAAAUUACUCAGCGAGUUUCAUGAGUAUUUAAUGGGAGGACAUGCGGGUCCAGAACACACUUUUCUCCGUUUAAGUGCAAACUUUAUGUGGCCAGGUAUGCGCAAGGAAGUACAGCAGUUUGUUCGCAAUUGUAUUAUCUGUCAGACGAUCAAAUACUCUCCCAUGGCACCUUAUGGUUUGCUCCAACCAUUACAACUUCCAGAACGUGUGUGGGAAGAUUUAUCAAUGGAUUUCAUCGUUGGGUUACCAAAAUCUGGCAGUGUAUCCAACAUUCUGGUGGUAGUUGACAGGUUUACCAAGUAUGCGCAUUUUGGGGCAUUAUCGAAUCAAUACACAGCAACCAAGGUGGUGGAAUUAUUUUCCAACAUGGUUAUCAAACUCCACGGACUGCCCCGUUCCAUAGUCUCCGACCGCGACCCAAUUUUUACUAGUGCUUUUUGGAGGAAAUUAUUUGAAUUAAUGGGCACGCGAUUGAAGAUGAGUUCUUCCUACCAUCCUCAGACCGAUGGUCAAACGGAGGUUACAAAUAGGUACUUGGAACAGUAUUUGCGGGCUUUCACAGCUGACAAUCCGCGACAAUGGAGUCGUUUUUUGCCAUGGGCUGAGUACCAUUACAACACUAGUUAUCACUCUUCCAUCGAGAUGACACCAUUCCAAGCGGUAUACGGUCGUACUCCACCAUCUAUUCCUACGUACACCCGAGGGACCACUAGCAUUCACGCCGUUGAAGAAGAUCUUCUUUCUCGGGAUGACAUUCUGAAACAACUCACUACAAACUUGCAGGCUGCUCGCAAUAGAAUGAAACAACAGGCAGAUAAACACCGCCGUGACAUCAAGUUUAGUGUUGGUGAUCUGGUUUUGAUAAAACUACAGCCUUAUCGGCAAAACACAGUGGCAAAACGACUCCAUCCCAAACUUUGUAAGAGAUACUUUGGUCCAUUUCCGAUCAAGGCUCAAGUGGGACAAGUUGCUUACACAGUGGAGUUGCCCGAAGGCAGUAAGAUUCAUCCUACGUUCCAUGUUUCGGUGUUGACACCGUUUUAUGGACCCAAACCUCCCACUUGUUAUCCGCUUCCUGAGAUUACUGUCAAUAACAAACCAGUGAUGCUACCCCAAGCAAUUGUUGCCGUUCGAACCUUUCGAGGGGAGAAGCAAAUAUUGGUUCAAUGGUCACUUAGCGCAUUGGAGGAUGCUACUUGGGAAAACUUGGCUGAAUUUGGAGCACUCUAUGGCAUUCCCAACCUUGAGGACAAGGUCGUUUUCAAUGACGGGGGUAGUGUUGGGUCGGCCCAACUAUCAAGCCCAUUGCAAUUAGACUUGGGAGAAAUAUGCAGCAAGUCUCACGAUCGGCUAAGGGAAGAGGAACAAGUUGAGAUGCAGAGUUCGAAGGAGCCGAGUCCUGAGAAUGCAAUGUCCGACUCAAGCGGAGGCAAGGAGGCGAGUAAGAUACGUGCGUGUGGAACCCAAGCACGUGUGAAGCCCAAAUGGCUGGAGGAGUUCGUUAGGCUUGAAGCCAUUACUCUCACCAAGACUCAAGAAAAUAUUUUCUAUACAUCUGAUAUAGUACCUGCAAUUAAUGUCUACCCUUAUUGGGGUCAAACUAACAAUCAAGAACCUCAAAUGGAAACAAUCAAUGCUUUUUCCAUUCCCAUUCCGGCUACUGAAACUCGCACUCGAAAAGUACCUUCAAAAAAUGGUCGUUGGACAAUAAUAGAGCACAUGCUUUUCUUGAAAGGGUUGAAUAAGUUUGGUUAUGGCCAAUGGACAAAAAUAUGUGCACUACUUGGUGGUACAAGAACUCCCGCCCAAGUGUCUAGCCAUGCUCAAAACUAUUAUAAUAAAAUGAUGAAGAAAGAAGAUGAAGCUGGUGCAGUGACAAAGAAUAAUAAUAAUAAUAAGAAGAUGUUGAAUAAGAGUAUUAAUGAUAUUGUUCUAAACGAUGAUGGCACAAUAUCAGCUCCCAAUUAUCUCUUACGCACUCUCUCCAAAUAUCAACAUAUUUAUUACCAAUCCGAGCUAGCUACUAUAAAUUACGACUUUAUUUUGUAUCCCUUAUAA